GGAUCCACCGUGCAAUUUUGCAAAAAGGGGCAUCAAUAUAAUUUUUAUUCAAUUUUUUUUUUUGUUUCAGAAUGCUUGCUUGAUAUUAAUAUGGAGCAAGCUGUUUUGGCUUUUGAGGGGUCUCCUUAAAAGAAGCAAAAGAAAAACUUUUUUUUAUUGUUGGAAUGCUUUUUCCUUGAGAACAAAUAGAAAACUCUCUUCUUCUUUACAGCUCUGAUCACCAUGUCUCUGGGUUAUGCGGAAAAGCUUUCUUACAUUGAAGAUGUGGGCAACGUUGGAAUGUCAGAAUUCUUCGACUCAUCUCAUGUUUUGCAAGAAAAAAUUGAAAGACUUGCCGAGAUGAUACAAAAGAGCAAGCAUCUAGUUGUGUUUACAGGUGCAGGAAUAUCAACAUCUUGUGGCAUACCUGAUUUUCGAGGUCCCAAGGGAAUUUGGACGUUACAGCGCGAGGGAAAACCAUUACCUGAAGCAUCGCUACCAUUUCAUCGGGCAAUGCCAAGCAUGACACACAUGGCUUUGGUUGAGCUAGAGAAGGCUGGCAUUUUAAAGUUUAUUAUUAGCCAGAAUGUCGAUGGCCUCCAUCUUCGGUCUGGAAUACCAAGGGAGAAACUUGCUGAAUUACAUGGGAAUUCCUUCAUGGAAGUUUGCCCUUCAUGUGGUGUUGAGUAUUUUCGGGAUUUUGAGGUUGAAACUAUUGGGUUGAAGGAGACAUCAAGACGCUGCUCUGAUGUCAAAUGUGGAGCAAAGCUAAAAGAUACAGUUCUUGACUGGGAGGAUGCAUUGCCCACAAAGGAAAUGCUUCCAGCUGAGAAACACUGCAGGAUGGCUGAUGUUGUAUUAUGUUUGGGGACAAGUUUGCAAAUCACUCCUGCAUGCAAUCUGCCUUUAAAAUGUCUCCGAGGUGGGGGAAAGAUUAUAAUUGUGAAUCUUCAGAAAACUCCAAAGGAUAAGAAGGCAAGUUUGGUGAUCCAUGGAUUUGUAGACAAGGUUAUUGCAGGGGUCAUGAACUUGCUCAAUUUGAGGAUUGCUCCAUAUGUCAGGAUUGAUCUUCUUCAAGUUAUCAUAACUCAGUCAUUGAGUUUAGAUGAAAGAUAUGUGAACUGGAACCUCCGGGUGGCAAGUGUACAUGCACUGAAAGCACCGUUGCCAUUCAUCAAGUCCAUUGAGGUGUCCUUCACAGAUGCUCAAAAAUACAAAGCGGCUGUGCUACAUGACCAGCCAUUUAACCUAAAAAGGAGGACUGCACCAGCAGAAGCAUUUGAAAUCCUCUUGAAACUCAACUUCAGUGAUGGAUGUGGUUGUCCCUCCAUCCAAAUUAAUGUCCCUGUCAAUUUUAAGGUUUCAAGUGACUGCUUUAACCUUGACAAGGAGUCGGCCAUACAAAAUCUGAAGGAGAGGGCAAUUCAAGAUUUGUGCUGUGGUCAGAAUGCACUGAUCGAAAGAAAGGUCAUUUUAGAGCCAAAAACCGAGGUUGCAAACCAUGCUUUAGUAACCAACAUUAAAGCUUUCAAUUCUGAUUCUUGGAGUAAUGGUGAUGUGAAACAUCCAAGAGGGGUUAAUGGGACCAAAACAUCUCGGAAGCGAUCGUUUGGUCGCAAGCGUAAAUCGAGAUUUUAGAGAGCAAGGCUUGUGAUCUGGAUGUAUAAAUGUGCUUGAUUACUAAUAGAAAGUAGUAUGAUAUGUAGGGACUGGGUGAAUUUUGUUAGAUGCGACACUCGGUCUUCCCAGCUACGAAUAGGAAGGUAGCGAAAUCAGUUAGAUUUGACCUAGUCAUGUAACCUUUUCAUAUCCUAUACUGCUCCAUAGUAGGUUUCUCAAUGGCAGCUAAAUAUUCUCUUCUUGCA